AUGAAAAACUUACUAGCCAAGCAUUUACAUGAUGAGUAUAAUCUAAAUUCCUAUGAUGUUACAGUAGCAAAAAUUAGAAAAAAUGAAUUGAAAUCUGAUGAUGUUGAAAUUGAAGAAGUGAAUAUAUCGCUAUUUGAUAUGCCUGGUGAAUACUCUCUUGGGCAUUGUAUUGCCCAAGACAUGCGCAUGAGUGCGGGCAUUGCCGUAGAUUUUAAGAGGAUCUUCGGGAGAAUCGGCGAGUUAAUGGACCAAAGACCAAAUGUUGGCACAGUAGCAUAUUUGCAACACCAGCAUAAUAAAUAUAUAUAUUAUUUAGUAACAAAAACAUUCAGUAACAGAAAUAAUAAUAAGAAAAAAUUUGAUCACUACAUACCUGUAACAUUGGACGAAUCGGGCAUGUAUUUAUAUCCCCAAUAUCAAUAUCCUCAGAAGGCAACUUUAGUACACCAACGAAGUAAACCAACGAACGCUAACUCGCUGACACGAUAUCGAGUCUUCAAGUGGAACGGACGUCAUUUAGUCGGUUCAACUUUUCUUUGUCUUAAUUUAAUUUUAUUGUAUUAAGUAAUAACU